AUGGCAUCUCCUACCAAUACCAACAAUGCCAAUGGUAAUGAUCUCGACACAAUGAUCUCUUCGCCUGCAGCGUUAUCCCCUAAACCUACAGCCCUUGCAUCUCCUCUUCCAAAUAUUACUCCUAUCAUGUCCUAUGAUAGCCUCGAAACUGCAUACAAUGCCGAUCCAUAUUCACUCCUCAACUCCAAAAAGGAAGAUGUUAGCAUUGCCACGCUUCGCACACAACAUCCAGACCAAAAACGAACACGAAAUGUCAAAAAGAUCAAGAGUUUUUAUAAUAGACAGAAUGCUUUGAUCGAUGCAUAUCUAGCGAGUAAUAAUGAAGAAGCUGCAGAGGUUGAAGAUGGAAUUCAAAAUGGUGGAAAGAUCAGAUUCGCUAUCUAUGCUAGUUCUACCGUCAACUUUUGCUUGUUCAUCAUACAAGUCUUUGCUGCCGUCUCAACUGGAAGUUUGGCACUGUUCGCUACUGCUGCGGAUGCUUUUAUGGAUUUGGUCAGUUCUAUAGUGAUGUUGAUCACUUCGCGGAUAGCCGCCAAACCCAACAUUACAAAGUUCCCGGUUGGUCGCAAAAGAGUCGAAACUGUGGGAAUCAUCCUCUUCUGCGCCCUCAUGACUACAGUCUCCGUCGAAUUGAUUAUCGAAUCGGCUCGAAGCUUAGCAGAUGGUCCAAAGGGGAACGAAACUCUCAAAACUAUUCCUCUAGUCUGCGUGGGUGUUGCUAUCUUUUCCAAGGCUGUCUUAUUCGUAUACUGCUUUACCCUACGUCGUUAUCCAACUUGCGCAAUCUUCAUGUUGGAUCAUCGGAAUGAUAUCGUGGUUAACAGUUUUGGCUUGAUUAUGUCCACUGUGGGUACUAAGUAUGCGAAAGUUUGGUUCUUGGAUCCAGCUGGUGCUAUCGCUAUUGCAUUCUUGAUCUUGUUUUCAUGGGCAUCAACUGCAUUCGAACACAUGUGGCUUUUAGUUGGCAAAAGUGCCCCACAAGAAUUUUUGAACAAGCUUGUGUAUGUUGCGGUUACACAUGAUCAUAGAAUCCUGAAGAUUGAUACUGCGAGAGCAUAUUCUGCUGGUGAGAAAUACUAUGUCGAAGUCGAUAUUAUCAUGGGGCAAGAAGAAACAUUGAAAGUCACGCAUGAUGUUUCCCAAACUCUACAAAGAAAGCUUGAGGGUUUGGCGGAUGUCGAAAGAGCCUUUGUGCAUGUCGAUUAUGAUGAUUUACAUGAUAUAUUUGAGGAACAUAAGCCACUUUAUGAAAUCCAAGGACCUAAAGUUCCAAUAUACGAGCGUGUGAGAGAAAGGUUCAAGAGACAACCCUUUGGAAGAGAAGGGGGUGAUGUCGCUAUCCCGACAUCUUGA